AUGCAAAGCAGCUUAUAUAUAAAUCACGUAAAAACGCUUGUUGAAAAUGUAAGUGACGAUUUUUUUAACUUUGACGAGCUUAUUGGAGAAGGGAUACAACCAGGUGAUGGUACAGCUGAGCUUGGAAGCGGAAUUCAUGGUGGCGUGGCAAGGGCGCACCAAAAGAAGGUGCACGAGGUACACUCCAGCCUAAGCUCCAACUGUAGAAUAAUCAAAAUAGAGGACGAAGAAGUUGAAAUUGCAAAGUGGAAUGAAGUGAGGAACACCCCAAUAAAUGAAUUCAUAAUAAACGCCCUGAUUAAUAAGUUUCACUUCAAAACAUUCCUGCCCUGUCAAAGUUGUGUGUUGAAUUAUGCCCUGUUGAGUAAGAAUGGAUCCAAUUCGCUGCUCAGUGGAGACAUAUACAUUGAAGUGCCAACGGGGUUGGGAAAAACAUUAUGCUAUAUUAUAACCAUAUUGGAUUAUUUUUUAUAUAAAAAGGAUCAGAGUGGGAAACUUUUUUGUCUCAUAUUAACAGCCACAGAAGAGUUGGUAACUCAAAUCCUGGGAGUUUUGAACAAAUUCGAAGUUAGCAACCUAAUAUGUCAGGGGAUAAAUACCAACAUGUUUCAAAUGAACAUUUAUUUCGAUGAGUUGAUGGAUAGUAGGGACACCUUUAAAGACACCAAUAUUCUCGUGACAACGACCAACAAAUUUGAAACCCUCUUUUACAGCAAUGAGGAGCUUUUUAAGGACUUGAAAUUUUUAGUUAUUGACGAAGUGGAUAAAAUUAUGUCCUUUAGUAAGUCCAACAUUAACAGUUUAGUGAACUCCCUAUCAGACAUUGUUGAGAAGUAUCAAAUGGCAACUGGUAAUUUGUACAAACCAAAGAAUUUCCUGCAAAAAAUUUUCGUUUCCGCUACCCUAUGUAAAGUGUCGGAUAAUCUCAUGUCUCUGAAUCUGUAUAGACCCCUUUUUUUUUAUUACAUUGUUAAUUACAAGAGAAACGAGGAGUUUUACUUGAACACCAAAAGGAAAUACAGCAAGGUUUAUGUAGUCCUCCGACUGAUCAUGGAUAUACCGACCAAGGAGAACCUCAGCAUGCUCAUCUUCUGCAACAGCGAGGAGUCGGCGCACUUGCUCUACCGGUUCCUGACCGUGUACUUCAGCUACACCAACGAAGGCAGCUACGGGAUAAAGGAGUACACCCGGAAUUUAUCCAACAAGAGGAAGAAAAAAAUAUUAAAGGAUUUUCUAACGCAGAAGUUGCACAUCCUGAUAUGCACGGACUCCAUUUCGAGGGGACUGGACACCGUGAAUGUAAACUACGUGGUGAACUACGACAUGCCGAGUCACUACAACGUUUUGACACAUAGGAUUGGGAGGCUCUCCAGACAUAACAGCAAAAGAGGAACCGUGUACCAUUUGAUCAGGAAGAAGGAAAAAAUGAUAAUGAACAAGUCAAUCAGGCAGAGGCACCUCAAAGGAAUUGAAAAAAUGAAAUUCAAAAAAGAAAAGCUGCAGGAUAUAAAGAAAGACAUAACGCACUUGAAGCCUCUUAUUAAGGAUAUUAUAGCCAAGGAGGAGGCGGAAGUUUUACGCAGACAUAAAUUUUAUCCCUACGAUGAGUUGGUGAAGCUGUGCGGGUUGGGGUGA